UGGGAAGCAAGCAAGGGGGCGGGCCUUCCGGGGGCGCGCACGCGCGAGGUCAGGAGCAGGAAUCCUGUACCUUACUGCUAAAGAAAUGUCUCCGCUUUCGGAGUAUGCACUGCGCAUGUCUCGUCUGAGUGCCCGGAUCUUCGGUGAGGUGGCCAGGUCUACGGACUCAAAGUCCAUGAAAGUGGUGAGCCUGUUUAGCGAGCAGCCCUUGGCCAAGAAGAAAGAGACUUAUGACUGGUAUCCAAAUCACAACACGUAUUUUGCGCUCAUGGGCAACCUCCGUUUCCUUGGCCUUUACAGAGAUGAGCAUCAGGACUUUAAGGAUGAGCAAAGACGUCUAAAGAAGCUCCGUGGAAAGGGGAAACCGAGGAAAGGAGAAGGGAAAAGAGCUACAAGAAAGAAAUAGUAUCAGCUCAUCAAGAAAGCAGAUGCCCCCCUUAGUGACGAAGAAAGUGUAUCUUAUUAUCUUUCCACGGAUUAGAGGAACGUGACUUCCCUCAGUAGACACCAACCCUGUGUUCGAGUUUUUACUUCAGUUAAGCUGUGACUGGUUUCUUGAAGAUAAUAUUCUAAUCCUUUAAAAUUAUAAUGACCUUGGUUUUGUAAUCUGAAGCAUACCUAAUUCUAUAAUGGAAUGAAUAAACUAUUGUUGAGUGA